GACUGGUUGCAUCAGAAGCAGAGCUGGAAAGCCAUCUUUGCUAGCUGCUGAGAGUGAGAGAAACAGCAGAACCUUAGCAGAUCUGCAGACUGUCUGACAGAAAACAAUGUCAGUCCCAGCUCCCACCCAAGGUGCCGGAGGUUCCACAAUUCCUGGGGCAGGAGGGCCUCCUCCCCCACCCAAUGUGACCAGUAACAGAAGAUUGCAGCAGACACAAGCUCAGGUCGAUGAGGUGGUGGACAUCAUGCGAGUAAAUGUAGACAAGGUUCUAGAAAGAGACCAAAAGCUUUCAGAGCUUGACAACCGGGCAGAUGCAUUACAAGCUGGUGCCUCACAGUUUGAGACUAGUGCAGCCAAAUUGAAGAGAAAAUACUGGUGGAAAAAUUGCAAGAUGAUGAUCAUCCUUGGGGUAGUAUGUGCAGUCAUUCUUAUUGUAAUGAUAAUUUAUUUCUGCACUUGAAAAAGCAACGAGGGGAAGGCUUGGCAUGGCUUGGUUCAUCUUUUCUGAUAUUCUCUUAUUGAACUCUGCUUUUUAAUUCCUGGUGUCUUGGGGAGUUUUGCCUGUAAUAAUCCGUAAGCAUUCAGUGUAGUGUGUUUGGUAUUAUGCUGUUUCCACAUGAAACUGUACCAGCUAAAUACUGCCAAGUAAUUCCAUGCGUUGUCUUAUCAUUGAGUCUUAAAAUGCGUCCACAAUGACCUUCAGAAACUAAUAUUUGAAAAGCAUCUUAAACUUUUCAGAAUCAUAAGACAGCAGUUACAGGGAAAAUCCUUACUUUAAAAGGACACUGUCACGUAGUUUAGGCCCAAAAUUAAGAUUUGUAUUAAACAGUAGGGCCCAAAUGGUCAAACCUGGGGGCCUAAAUUAGACUUCAAAAUCCAUAUCUAAACACACAAAUAAACGUGGCCUGAUUCAUCUAGAGCACCUGCUGAUUCUGUUUUAGUCAAUGGGAGUUGCAGAUGUUUAAUGAAUUUGAAUGUCAAAUUACUUGUAUUUAGGUGUCUAAAUAUGGACCCUAGAGCCUAAUUUUAGGCAUCCAGGUCUGAAAUUAUUUGGUCUAGGUUCUGUACAACAAUAAGAAUGCUUUCAUGGAUUUAAACUUUCCAUUGGGUUGUUUCCUAUACAAACACUGUGGCAGCAUGCUAGUGUAUGAGAACCAGAUGAGAAGCAAGAAUGACACUGACAAGAAAACAAACAUCAUAAAUAACCAAAAAAACUUAGAUAGUUAAUAAGCCAAGAUGGCAGCCCUCAGAUUUAUGGUUAAUGUGUGGCACCUGAACCCCAGUUCUGCAAACACUUAUGCCCAUGUUUAACUUCAAGCACAUGAGUAAUCUUACUGAAGUCAGGGGGCUAUGCCCAUAUGCGUCAGUUUUCAGGAUUGGGGGCCUUUUCCCUUGGAAUCUCACCAAAUCAACCAUUUGAAAAUCAAUCAGUGGGAGAUUGUGAGUGGGAAUUAUGGCAGGCAGGACCCAUUAAAGGACAGUUCUUUUAUAAAGUGGUCCAUGGAAUGAAAAUGUCACAGAACUGCUGAUCUGAGGCAUUGUUAUUAGUGACACAAGUAACGCAAUCUAUAUAAGUCUUAAACUGACAGCAUCCCCUUUUUAAAAGGGCUCUGUUGAGAUAUUUUUUAUACUUUUUUAAAACUCAUUGUUUAUAUUCUGUUUACAAUGGCCCUUGUUGAUUAUGGAAGUUUGAAACUGAAAUAGAUUUUCAUUUCAAAUUUUUUCCCAUUAUCCAUACAC